CGGACAACCGUCAAAGGUGCUACACUGGAGACGCGGGCAAACAUGAGGGAUGAGACAUCACGAUGACAUUGAGAAACCAUCAGGUGAUGUGACCAUCAUGGUAGUGCUAUGCCCACUUGACGUUCUGUCACUGGUCGUGUUCUGUGUCACUUUCAGCCUGGCAGCUCCCUCCAAUGCAGUGGCACUCUGUGUGUUCAUCAGAGAACUGAGACGCAAACCAACACCAAAUGUCAUCUACAUGAUCAACCUCAGCAUCUCUGAUGGAAUCUUCACUGUGCUUCUGCUACUCAAAAUGGUGGAGACAGUGUGGGGCCAGUGGGCACUGCCAGAGGUCUUUUGCCCCAUCUACAAUGCCCUCUACCUGGGCAUCAUCUACACCAGCAUCCUCUUCCUCACCGUGCUGGCCAUGGGCCGGUAUCUGAGUGUCGCCUUCCCCAUCCGUUAUGCGGCAUACAAGAGCCCCCACUACUCCCAAGUCAUCUGCGUCAUUCUGUGGCUCACCGCGGCAGCUCACAUCUACCUCAUCUUCCUAAUGGAGAACAGGGACCUGCAAGACACCAAGAUCUGCUGUGCCAACAAUGCAUCAAUCAGCUGUGCCAAUAACAUCUCAAGCAGCAGUGCCAACAAUGCUUCAAUCUGCUGUGCCAACAAUACACUGAUCUGUUGUGCAACCAACACCUCAACCAGCUGUGCCAACAAUGCCUCAGUGGCCUGUGCCAAUCUCUCCCAGAGCCAGGUGGACACCAUGCUGAGGCUGGAGCCGACUGUGGUUCUGUUCCUGGUGCCGUUGGUGCUCACCUGCCUUGCCUACCUCGGCUGCUUCCGCAAGCUGCGCCGGAGCGGCCUGCCAAGUCGGGAGAAGCACAGGGCCCUGCGGGCAACAGCUGCCACUUUGGCAGUAUUCGUGGCCUGCUACACACCCUUCAAUGCUGCCCAGCUGGUGGGCUCCACCUUUGGAGUCAGCAUGAGUUGGCGGAGGGAGGCCCUGCUCGCUGCUGCCCCCAGUGCCUUCCUCAACCCCCUCGUUGUCUUCUGCUCCUCCUCGGCACUCCAGUGGAGCGCUGCUGAGGGUUGGCGGGCUGUGGCAGGGCAUCUCAGGGAUGGCUGGCUGCGCCUCUGGCAUGGGGCGAUCCCACGGAGAAAGGAGGCAAACGGAGACCUAAUGCGAGCACCGGUUCCAGUUCAAUGAGGACCGUUGUCCGUACGAUGGUGGACUGAGGUGCUCAGGUACCCGAUUCAUGCACAGGAAGACUCCAGUUGGAUACCAACUGCCUUAAAAAUGCUAAAUGUCAUCGAUUAUUGGACUCGCUCUGGAAUUCCUGGCCAUGGCAG